CUAAAAGUGAGAUGAAAACUCCAUGUCUCGCGAGAGCAAUGGUGAACACAACAUCUUCCCUUGUUAUCGACUAAAACGGAAAAAAAGGUCCUUCGAUGAAAAUCUUCCCGACCAAAGUGUUCUUAUAUCAAACAGGAGCAGAUAAACAAAUUAUAAAAUCCAUUGACUUAAUAAAUAGUUCCAAAAUUCCGGGACAGUAUCAAGUGCAAUACGACUGGGACAAUUGUCCAAUAAAGUGUUAUCCGUCGUUUGGCGUCGUCAAAAACCGAGUACAAAUCAAAUUGGAACUGAAGCCCAGUCAAAUAGAAUAUUAUUACAAAAGGCUAUACAUUUUGAUCGCCGACCACCAUCCAGUUUACAUUGACGUGUACGCAUUUUCAAGUAUGGUAAUGAAAGUGGAUCCAUUUUCAUGCUUUAGAAUACCGUCUGAACUUCAGACAAAACGUGAAAAUAAUAAUUACGCAGAUUUUUUCAAAGAUGUUGCACACCCAUCACUCGCCGAAAAACAACACGUCACCGUAUUCCCGAAGGAAUUGCAUUUUGGAUACACAAAAAACGCGAAAACCAUGUUCUUUAAUGUCCGCAACAAUACUAAUUCACUUCUUUGUCUAAACUGGAUUCACAAAUUUGACAGCGGUAAAAAUCCGUUCGAGAUAAAUCCAAAACUGUUUAACAUUGGUAGCCAUGAGACAAAAACUCUAGAAUGCGUGUUUCGCCCAAAAGUCUUUUCGAAAAUUUAUUUUUCUGAGCUUGAAGCUAUUGUCCAAUACGGCAUCGUCGAACCCGAAUUGAACCAUUGCCCUACCACUUUGGAAAUAUCACCGCAGUCAGCUUACAUUGUCCCGAUGAACGUCUCAAUAACAGCCGCUGGCCAUUCUUUCAAAAAACCUUCAAACGGAUGGAUCCCGAAAUGCAAGCUUAGUACUCGUGCAAUAAUAAUGCCACCAUGCGUGCCUGCCUCCGAACCUGUAUUCGCUACGUUUCUUAUUAAAAAAUUAGUUCAAGUGCCUACGAUAUUUGAAUUCCGGCCACCAGAUAAUUCGAUGUUCUUAGUAAAGCCUAAAUGUGGAUUGAUAAAAAGCGAUUAUCAAAUUGUGGUGUUUCAAUUGUUAAAAACAAAUAGAAAAGAGUCACUCUAUGCCGAACAGUGGAGUUUAAUAUUUGAUGGUUUCGAUAACAAUUCGAUUAAUAUCAACAUUUACGCUAGCGUUGAAUUCGGAUGUGUAACAAUCGGUGAAAAAAAUCGUGUCCUUGUUUCAAACGACGUUCAAAUAGGGUAUGAAAUGGAUGUGCUAAUACCAAUUGUUAACAAGACCAGGCAUAGACUUCGAUACAACAUAAAAAUGUACAACCAACAACCAAUGCCAGAAACAAUACACGAUUGUUCUUCGUUAUCUUCGGUGUGUUCUAAAUAUAACGAAGAAUUAGAAAUAGAAAAAAUCGAAUACGAAUGCACAAGUGAAAUACAAGAAGACGUAGCAACCGAUACUGAACUUGAGGAUGCUAAAAGUUUUAUGUACAACAAUUCAACAACAAUAUCUAUUGAAUCUAUACAGUCACUCAACGCGUUAAAAUACAAAGAUGCCGAAAAACCAUCGAAUCAAUCGCAAUUUGUAUUCAAACUCGAUAAAGACAAUGGAGAGUUAGGACCAAAUGAAAAAUGCUAUAUGAAAUUAUCAUUUUGCCCGAUUAAAAGUGGACUUUAUACAGUAAACGCUAGAUGUUAUUUAAUGUGUACAAAUUUCCCAGACAUUAUAAAUAUACUACCUUUAGUCAUAAAAGGAAAAGGAUGCAACACAAAGUUCGAAAUUACACCACCAAUAUGUAAUUUCAAUGAUAUAAUAGUACAUACUGAAAAUGUACAACAAUUUAAAAUCAAAAAUAAAAAUUGUUCAUAUGCAAAAAUCAAAAUCUCUGUUUGUUCACCCAUGUGUUCAAUAAUUUGUCCACCUAUGCCAACUUGUAAAAUAAAUCCAGAGUCUUUUGAAUUUACACCAGAACAAAAUUAUUGUAAAAUAGAUUUAUUCGUACAACCAAAAGCAUUAGGUUUUCAACAACUAUUAGUUAACAUACAAUUAGAGUGCAAAGAAAAAUCUUAUUUGGAUAGUAAGAAUACAAUAACAGUUUGUAUGAAUGUCAUAACGUGUGCACUGAAAAUAUCAAGAAUAUCUAAUGAUUCUAUACCUUAUUUUGGAAAAUUAACAAUGAAUAAACUUUUUAAUUGCUUGAAAGUAAAUAAUGAACUAAGCAAAAUGUAUAUUAAAAAUGUUUCAUCAUUUACUUGGACUAUACCUGUAAUUUCUGACUCAAACGUUUAUGAAUUUCAAUUUUAUAAUUUAUCAAAAAUCCCAAUUACUUGGACAUUAAAAUAUAAUGAAUGCAUUAAAUGUACAAUGGAAAUGAAAAGUUAUAGAAAUAAGGUUCAUGGUAAUUUGUCCAACAAAUGUGUACACUAUAAAAAUAUUCAAAUCUCUCCAAAAAUUAACUUUAAAAAGGACAAUUUUUCAAAAAUCCAGAUUGAAUUAAAUAAUAUAAAUAAAGAUGAAAUAAAAUUAAGUUAUAAAUGGUCAAUUGAAAUAAAUAAAUUACCAUUAUAUAACACUAAAUUAUUGAUUGAAACCAUUGACUUGAAAAAUGACUUAAUAUCAUUUGAUCCAAAAUAUAGAAUAAAUGGACAUCUAGAAUUCAACUUUAUACCAAUAUUUAUAGCUCAUCCAAAUCCACCAGCACAAGCUUUUUGGGUGUACAACCACAAAGAAAGCAAUGUUAAUUAUUUUAUAACUGACAAUUCAUCAACGCCAGCUUAUCCAUAUUUUCAUUGUUUAAAUCCCAGUGGAAUAGUUCACCCCAAAUCUGUCCAUCCAAUACUGUUUAUAUUUGCACCUGAUAAGCUAUGUAUAUUUGAGGCUGUUGUUACGCUCCUUUCAAACAAUAACAAACGCCAGAUUACUCUAAUAGGACAAGGUGAUUCUUAUACCAGAACCUUUAUUUCACCAGGACCAGGGUUAUCAUCAUUUAUACCAAUACAAAAUGACAGAAUGAUUUUCUUAUCGACGGAAAGUAUAAUACUUAAACCAAUGUUCACAUGUACAAACGUUAAGUCUAUGUUUUGCCUAUAUAAUAACAGUGAUGAAGAUAUUAUGUAUGAAUGGAAAAAAUGUACAGUCGAAAAUAUACUAGUUACUGCUAUAGUGCCAUUUAAAGGCAAUUUAAAAAGACAUAAAAAUCAAGUGUUUGAGAUAACUGUAACCAGUUAUAAUCAACCAGCUAUUUUAACAAUAAUGCUUAAUGUUAGUUAUAAGUUAAUUUCACAAGAUGAAACUUAUAAAAAUUCAUUGAUAAACUAUAAGAUAAACAAUGAUAAACUAGAUGGAGUAUUUAUAAUUAAAGAACAUGGCAAUUAUAAACCAAAAUUGAUUAUGAAACUAGAAAAGCAACCACAAGUAAAACAUUUAGUCUUGAAUGUAUAUGUUAGAAUAAUUGACGAUUUUAAUAGUAAAUGGAUAAAUGAAGCAAAAAAUAAUAUAAAAAGUUUUAUUUCUCAAGGUAAAGGAAUUCUAAUACCAAAUAUACAAAAUUCAGUUGAAUUCCAAAAUAUACUAUGGACUACUGUGGAUAAAAUAUGUUCAAAAGAAAUUGAAUGCAAGCCGUUAUAUUACUAUCAGUUGAGAAGUUCUAGUCAUACAAUUUCAAAAGGAAUGCCUAAGAGAACAACAAAUAAUCUCAAAGUUAUUUUAACUUCAUUUAUUAAGGAUAGUUUGAUUUACUUAUAUCCUACAGAUAUAUGGAAAAACUAAAAAAAAUGUACUGUAAA